AUGCCUGAAUUCAAGGGUAAGCUGGUAAUAGUCACGGGUGCCGCGCGAGGUCUGGGGCGGGGAAUGGCGUUGGAAUACGCCAAACACGGGGCUCGGCUUAUAAUCACCGACAUCCUCGAUGGCCAGGUGACAGAAACAGCCCAAGAAUUGAGGAAACAGGGGUAUGAAGUGUGGCCCUUCACCUGUGACCUGGGUAGCGACAGUGCAGUUGCCGCGCUUGGAACGCAGAUCAAGAGAGAAAUCGGCGUGCCCGACAUCCUGCACAACAACGCCAUGUUUUCUCCUCAUGGAACAAUCGAGAAUAUUGACAUUGAGGGGACACGGAAGGCUUUCGAAGUCAACGUCCUUGGCUACCUGCGGAUUGUGAAGGCCUUUGUUACCGAGAUGAUUGAGCGUCGCAGCGGCUGGAUUGUCAACACUGCUUCUCCCAAUGGUAUUGCACCACCCCUAGCAUUCGCAGUCAACGGCAUUCCUUACAACCUCACCAAAGCCGCGGAUAUCUCGAUCAGCCAAAGCCUGGCCGCGACGCUGAGAAAGCACAACAUCGGAGUGAGCGUCCUCUAUCCAGGUGCAGUGUGGACCGGAGCGUCCGAGAUGCCACAUGGAACCGCGAGCAAAGAGUUUGAAGCCGCGCUUCAAAAGUUCUUUCUGGCUCAAGCGGUGAAGCCGGAGCAGGCUGCGAAAGAUCUCCUGGAAGGCGUUAAGGCCGGCAAGUUCUUCGUGACGACAUUCCCGAACUUUGAGAAGGUGCUAGUUCAGUUUGCGCAAAAUGGGAUGGACCCCAAUGGAGAAUAUUCUUGGGACGGCUAA